UGAGAUGCAUGAAAUCCAACACAGCACAGACUUAAAAAAAAAAAAAAAAAACCCCCACUUCGUUCUUAAUUUUUUUUAUAGACCGAGAUCAGUUUCAAAAUAUGUAUAUAUCCUGACCCCAUUUCCUCUUCAAGCUCUCAAUUAGAGUAAGAGGGAGCGAGAGAGGGAGAGAGACUCGUGUGGGUUCUUCUCUUCUCUGUUUUGUUAGUCUUGUUAUUUGAUUCUUCUCUGUCACACUUAGAAAUCCCCCCCUAAAAUCCUCAUCUCUAGCCAAACAAGCACGUCUAUGGCAUUGGGUAGAAGGACUUGAAGUUUUAUUCUGUUUUUUUGAUAAUUUUGUGUUGUUUUCUUUUCUGGGUAUUUUGGGGUUUCUUUUCAAAAUGACUCCACGACUUCUACAGAGUGAUUGCAGUGGUUUCUAUGGAUAUCAAGAGAUGAGCCUUUUUACUCCUCCUCCUCCUCAACUUUCUCUCUCUAAUUCAUUUGGGGGUUUAAUGGGUAAUCAUCAUAAAGAGAUGGAGAUUGGGAAUUCUGAAAUGGAGCUUCAGAUUUUGGGGGACCGGAACAAGAAACCGUGGAGUUUUCUAAACACGGGAGACAAGAGAAGUGGUGGUGAUGAUGGUGAUGGAGACAAGAAGAAAGUCUUGUCCUUGAAGUUAGGUGACGAAGAAGAGCAGCAGCAGCCUAUUAGGAGCUCUGUCUCUGGCAGAAAUGGACACACCAAGCUUUGUGCUAGAGGCCAUUGGAGACCAGCGGAAGAUGCAAAGCUUAAGGAGCUUGUUGCUCAAUAUGGUCCUCAAAACUGGAACUUGAUUGCGGAGCAUCUUGAAGGAAGAUCAGGGAAGAGUUGUAGAUUAAGGUGGUUUAACCAGUUAGAUCCAAGAAUCAACAGGAGGAAUUUCAGUGAAGAAGAAGAGGAGAGACUAUUAGCAGCACAUAGACUCUAUGGUAACAAAUGGGCAAUGAUUGCUAGGCUAUUCCCUGGAAGGACUGAUAAUGCAGUGAAGAAUCAUUGGCAUGUUAUAAUGGCUAGAAAGCAUAGAGAACAGUCUAGCAUUUAUAGAAGGAGAAAGCCUGCUCCCUCUUCUUCUUCUCCUCCUCCUCCUCCUCCUAUAGUCCUCCCUAUUAAAGCACUUGAUGAUUCCAUAACUUACCAAAACAAUGCUUCUAGUACUGAUCAAUCAACCAUCACUAGCACCAUUGAUGAAUCUGGCUCAACCUGCACUGAUCUCUCCCUCUCUCCCUCCGCAAGACCAUCUACACACAUUUUCACUCGAUUCGGUCCUGCACCGCAGCAACACAGGCAGCAACUCCAAUUAGUGCUAAUGGGAGAAAAGAAGAAGACGGUGGGAAAAAAUCCCGACUUUGACAAGUUUUAUGGCACUGGGCAUGGAUUUUAUAAUCAAGCUGGUGUAUUGGUGGUGCGUGUGGACCAAUCUGGUCAGUCAGAUUCAAGCUCAUCAGAAGUGUCUGCAGUUGAAUCAGUUGGCACCAACAGGAUCAGUCCCUCUAAUGAAGACCAAGAGAGUACUGAGAAGAACAAUGUGCAGUUCAUUGAUUUCCUUGGGGUAGGAGCUCCUUAAGAUUGGCUAGUUAGUUUUUGGUUAAGAUUAGAAACGUCGGUUGAAGGACUUGUUGCAAUUACUCUCCUGGUGCUGUUAAAUCAAAAGCUGAGCCUGCAGAAAAGCUUAGGUUUCAAUGCUACAGUCUUAAUUGUACAGCCAGUGCCGUAAGUGGAAAAAACAGAAGUAAAGUUGAAAGAAAAAUAGGAGAUGCGAGAGUGAGAGGUUAUGAGUAAAAAUAAUUUUUGUGCGACUUUAAUCAAGUUUUUGGACAUAUGGGAAAAGAGCAGGCUUUGACAUUA